AUAAACUAGAAUGCCUCCCGCGAGCAAUACAAAGGGAAGUGGUGGGGAAGAAGAGCAACGGGCGCAUGUGCGGAAGAAGAAGAAGGAAGAGCAUGUGCGAAAGAAGGCAUGGAAACCAAAAACCAAAACAGGGUGUAUGACGUGCAGGAUUCGAAGAGUGAAAUGCGACGAAGCCAAACCGUACUGUCAUCGCUGUACUUCAACAGGGCGAACAUGCGAAUGGUAUCCGGUGGCGUCCCCAACCCCGCCUCGUGAAGGCAAUACUUCGACGCCGGAAUCACUUAUUGCGGCUUUUCCGGGCUUGAAACUCAGAUCAGAUUCGGAAAAGAAUGCGUUCCAAUUCUUCAAAGCCUAUACCGUCAAGGAGCUUUCCGGAUUCUUUGACUCGGAGUUCUGGCAAUUCGAGAUUCUCCAGGCGUCACAUACAAUUCCAGCUAUCCGGCAUGCUGUCAUGUCCCUGGCGGCUAUGCAUCGCAAAUUCAUCGAGUGCCGCAUGCCGGUGCUACCCAGCGGUACGUCGGAUGAGCAUAUGCGAUUCGCGCUACAACAGUCGACACUAGCCCUUCAAGCACGGGGUAGGACGACUGUCGAUUUGUUGACCAUUAGCAUUCUUUUUUACUGCAUCUCCUGCUUCGAGGGGCAUCAGACUAAAGCAAUUGAACAUCUGCGCAGCGGUCUGAAAAUACUACGGCAGGCUGAUGAGGAGGAAGGCAGGAAUCCACAGCAUUAUGCCAACCAACCCAUCGCGUUAAACACACUACGUUCCAUGUUCGUUGCAUUGGAUGUCGAGGUUCGAGCUCUACUGAGCGUUUCAGCAUUGGCCCAGUGGGAGCCAUUACCAAGGAGUGAACAUAUCCCAGCGCCAGAGAGCUUCAGAACCCUUCUACAGACGAAGCGGUACAUGGAAAGGUUUUACCGCGAGAUUAGGACGUUUAUACAAUCUUCAGAUCUGUAUCGACCGGUGGGACCAGAGGCCAAGCCUUUCAAUGAUCUAAUAGAGGAGUUCAGGAACGAGUUCAACGUAAUGAAUCCACGUCUAGACGCCUUCCUGGAGCAAUGUGCAAGUGACGUAGGUGAAGAGGAACGAGACUCUUACCUUUGGAUCAGGCUAUGGCGAGAACAGAUCAGAUUGCUUCUGAGCUCCUUUCUCGAGUUUGACGAGAACAGUGGAAUCCGCAUGCUUGACUGGCACGUUGACGAGCAUGGCAUGGGAGUCAUUGUAGAUCUGGUGGGCCAACUACUCCGAGCGCCUCCUGGCCUGACGAUACCGUUUGGAGCAGAUCCGCGCGACUACUAUACGUCGUAUGCAGAAGUGGAACACAUGACGCCAAAGAAGUCAAUGCCUUAUGCGCGACCAGUGUUUGCGUCGGGCAGCAACGUCGGUAUCGCCCUGUGGCACGUAGUUUCAAAAGCCAGGUCGUCGCUUCUCAGACGUCGGGCGAUUGCAUUGAUGCUCGAGUUUCCUCGUGGGGAAGGAGUUUGGAACAGCGUAGUAGCAGGGCGGAUCGCUUGGGAGCGAUUGGUUUUGGAAGAGACGGCUUUCGAGGGGCAGCUAGGGGUGUUGAGGGAUAAGAUGAGCGAGCCUCCCGAAUACAUUCCCGACGAGAAUAGGUGUAGAGGAGUGGAGAUCAAUUUUCUGGGUGCACGGCUGCUGAGAGUUGAGUUUUUGAGUGUGAAGCAAUUUGCGCUGAAGCAGCCAGGUAUCACGAAGUACAUAGCGUGGUGAGU